AUGUUCACGUCGAAGCGGCUGCUGCGCGCGGCCGAUAAUCUGGUCAACAAGCACUUCGCGGUCGGCAAUGGCGAGACCGUGCUGAUCACCGCCGACACCUCGACCGAAAGCAGGCUCAUCCAGGCCGUGGCCGAUACGGUGAUCCAGGCCGGGGGCAAACCGCUGGUCGCGAUCGCGCCGCAACUGCCGUUCCAGGGCGGGCUCGCGGACCCUUACGUGUCCGAUGCACUCAAGGCGGCGGCGAUCGCCUGCGACGUCUGGUUCGACUUCUGCUUUCCCUAUCACGCCGGUUCGGGUGCGCACUCCGCGGCGAUGGACGCCAACCGCUGUCGCUACGCGCUGCUGGCGCUGGCCGAGGCCGACAGCUUCGAGCGCCUCUAUGGCUGCGUCGAUUUCCCGGCGAUGAUGGAUUUCAACGUCGCUCUGGCGGAGUUCUUUGCCGAGGCGGCCGGUCAGCAGGUGCGCUUCACCUGUCCGCACGGCACCGACGUCACGCUGACGCUCGACAAGCUCAAGAUGAUCCGCCAGCGCGUCUGCCAGAGUCCGGGCAUGAAUACGGUGCCCGGCACGCAGAGCUUCUAUCCGGUGAUGGAGAGCGUGAAGGGCAGGAUCGUCAUCCAGGCGCUGUUCGACGAAUAUUAUCGCAAGCUCCGGCAGCCGAUCACCAUCGAGGUCGACGGCAAGAUCAAGGGCUUCAGCGGCGGCGGCACCGAGGACCGGCCGAGUUUCGGACGGGCGCUGCGCCGCGCCGGCGGCAAGGACGACUUUGGCUACUUCGUGCAUUUCACGCUGGGCUUCCAUCCCGGCACGAUGCUGACCGAGCGGCAGUUCAUCGAGGACAUCCGCAUUCCAGGCUCCAACGCGAUCGGCAUGGGCCUGCCCUGGUGGGAGCCGGGCGGUGGCGAGAACCACCCCGACGGCAUCGUCCUCGACCAGUCGCUGUGGGUUGGCGACGUCCAGCUCGUGAAGGACGGCAACUUCGUGGGGCCGGGCCGUCUUGCGAAGCUGCAUGACGCCAUGUCGCGGCGGCUGGACUAG